GCUCCUCCGCGCGCGCGCACCGCCCGCUCCGGCCGCGAGGCAUCCUGAGGAGGCUCGGACUGUCAUGUCAAGCGAUGUCAAAUAGGAGUGAAGUGCGUCGCGCAGUGCAGCAGGGAGGACGACGACGUUGACCGGCGCCACAGCAGGUCAGCGAUAUGUCAGGCGUGCCGAGGACCAUGCGCCCCCGCACUGCUACUCGUCAGGACGGCGUCCCGGACGACCUGCUCCGCCCAUUUGGCGGCGAUGGAGCGCGACUCAACCUCUGGUAGGCGAGGCAUGGUGCUGCGGCUGCUGGUGCUGCUGCUGCUCGCCGCCCCCGCCCUCGCCAACUACCCCCUCUUCGAUGUGGCAACGCGCAUGCGGGUGCUGCUGGUGCCCCGGGACGCCGCCGUGGGCGCAGUCAUCUACCGCCUGCGGGCCACGGACUCGGACUUCGACUACCCGCUGCACUUCGACGUCGGCGGUGAUGGGGCCGGUGCGCAGGUGGCGGUGGUGCGGCUGGACAACCUGCCCUGCACGCGGAACAUGUCGUACUGCCAGGCCAACGUGGUGCUGGCCCGCAAGCUGGACGCGGGCCGGGUGUACGACGUGCGCCUGAGGGUGCGCGACUCGCGAGGUGACGCGACCUCCAUCGACGCCAUCGUGCAGCUCAGCAACAACUCGACGCCGGUGGACGCCACCUUCCCGCGCAGGCCGACACUCGUCAUGGUGCCGGAGGACACCAAGCCGGGCACCGAGCUCGACUACGUCAUCGUGCGCAAGAACCCCCGAAACAGCCGGCACGCUAUCGUCGAGUUGUGGGGGUCGCCGCUCUUCACCCUGGCCCAGAGGCUGAGCUCCAGGACAGACACCAACGCCAGCAUCAUCCUGGCUGGGCCCCUGGACUACGAGACGCAGGCCAUGUACACCCUAGACCUGUACGCACUGGACCCGUUCGUCGAGCCCGGCCAGGACACGCGCAACAUCGCGGGCUUCCAGGUGGCCGUGGUGGUCGUGGACGUGCAGGACACGCCACCCGAGUUUAUCGAGGCGCCCCCCGUCACGCAGCUCAGCCCCACCCUGCAGGUGGGUGACGAGGUGGUGCGGGUGCGCGCCGAGGACGGCGACAAGGGCAAGCCUCGUCAGAUUCGCUACGGCCUGGUGUCUGAGGGGAGCCCCUUCACGACCUUCUUCACGGUGGACGAGCGCACCGGAGGAUACUGA